UUGCCUAGGAGUUCAAACCCGAUGCAAGGACAUAUCGAGCAUUGCCAAUGGUUUGGUAACACUGAAGUCGACUGAGUGUGGUGGAAAGGCAGAGUUUUCAUGCGACAAAUAUUACAAACUUGUCGGUAGUCCGCAGAUAUUUUGUAAUGAGAGUGGAAACUGGUCAGAAGGAACGCCAUAUUGUAAACGUAAAUUAAUGUUCCGUUACUCAUCAGUAGGAAUAUGCCGCUAGUGUUUCAAAAAUGUAGCAAGCUAUUUUCAUGCAAUGCCAGAAAUUAUGCACGGAACAUGAUUUUUUCUAUAUGGUGUCAAUUGUUCAGCAUCAAUGAUAAUUAAUUGCAUUUAAAUUGACAAUAUUUAACUAUUCUUUUCUGUUUCUCAACUGCCAGGCUAGAUACAUUUAAAAAGGUUGUUAACUGUAUAAAUUACAAACAAACACAAUGGGAACAUGUGCGAUCUCAAUAUUUAAGACACGCCUCCAAGUCGAUAUUUUCGCAACGAUUUGUUUCGCUAACAAAUUGGCGAUUGGACUAGCUUGAACUGAAACGGGACAAGCGUCCUGAAAUUAUAGUCUUUCAUUCAUUCAGGAUUUAUUUCUUAGUUUAUACAGAUAAUAUCCCGUGCCCCUGUGGUUGGAAGAAAAUUUUGAAUAGCUGUUACCUGUUUGUGAAGAACAAGGUCACUUGGGACACAGCUCGCGAAGAUUGUCUGCAACGUGGCGGAGACCUAGUCAUUCCUACCAGCACAACAGAAUGCGUUCUUCUCAGUCAGCGUGCUUCGAUCCUUCAAAUGAGUAUUCCGUGGAUUGGUCUAUUCAGGUACCUUAAUUAUAAACACGGUGUAUAAAGAAAGUUAUCCAACUUUAAUCCUAUUACUCUUUCACCCUAUAAAUUUAAGGCUUUUAGCUUUCAAGAAUAUCUUUUCUGUUUCAUGAUUGCGAUCGAAAUCGCACUUUCCAGCCCCUCGGAAUUGAAUGCAAAGCUAUUAUUAUCUGGGUGUUAAAAUUAUUCUCAUUUUGGUUGCAACAAUUGCCAAUACAGACAGUACGCGGAUGGGUUGAUAAUUGUAUAUUUAAAUUUCAAAUGGCGAUUUAACAAUGAGUUUUAGUUCAGUGCGUGCAGUAAUAAAUUGUUGUCAAAUUAUUAAUGGUUCAUUAAUGGUUCGAAAUCAUUAAUGGUUAAGUUUGUGAAAUGAGCAUCGAGAAAUAGACUCAAUUAACCCACAGAAUCUGACUGACCACUCAAUUAUAACUAUAUGAUCGAUAUGAAUUAGGGAACAAAUUAUGACUCAGAUCGAUAUAAAGGGAACGUUGCAAGUGAUACAUACAUGCAUGCAACAUGCAUUCAGGCAUGCAUUUUCCAUUUUAAUGCAAUGUCAUCUAUGCACUUUUGCCCUAUGACCAUAUUAUUAAUCAUUGUCAUACCCGACGCAUGACCGUAUCUAAAGUCUAAAGUUGCCUAUUUUCAUUGCCCCAGAAAACCUAACGCUUCAUGCAUGGAGCGUCUAAUUGUUCAGUAUAAUAUUAAACUAGAAAAUACAUGCGUGCAGAAAUUAACCCUCGCCUUGCUGACAAAACCAUUGUAUUUUCCGAACAUGAAGUAUCCAAAGUUGUUGUCAUGGUAACACGAUAAUUUUUUAAGAAUAUUCUUACAAAUGAAAAAUCGCCUAAAAAUAUCACUUUUAAUUACAAAAUUAUCAAUUUCCCAACAUAUAUAUAUAUGUUAGGUAUGUUAUUAUACGUAAUAUAAGCUUCAAUUUAAGGAAAAAUUCAACCACAAAAGCUUCGCAAAACGUUUUAAAAUGUUCUUUAUAAAACUAUUAAAACUGCCAUUAAUUAUUAAAAUGGCUUUAUCGAUAAACUUUGCAAUAAAAUGAUUUCAAAUUCUCGCAUGCAAAUAACUUUGCUUUCUUUUUUAUUUAAAAAAUACAAUAUAGGCCUAAUAAAAAAGGGAAUCAAUAUUAUUAAUACACUGAAAUUAUAUGCUGUCUUGUUUAGUUGUUUCAUAUACGCAAAGCCAAAGGGCCAAAGGGGCCGUCGGGUUUUAAAGCAAUUAUAAAAUCAAUAUUUAAAACAAACUAACCUUCGUUGACGUCGGCUCCCUUUUUUUAGCUGAUUCUUUCGCCCUUUCUUUCUUGAAAUUUACAAAAUCUUGCAAAAAUGCGAGCAAAAAUUAAAUAUGUUUGCAAGAAAUUUAUCAAUCGUCAAAUCAAGAAAUGUUUGCUAUUUCGCUGUCGUCAUACAGUCGACAGUCGUUAUAAUGCAAACUUUAAAUUGGACCAAUCAGUGUCCGCUAUUCAUGACAGUCCACCAUAUUUUUGAGAUCAGUGAGGAUGACCACCCACCGAACCACCGAACCACUCACGGUAACCCACGCCCGCGCUCAUUGAUGAACUUUAGACUUGGCUAAUGCUUUCGUUUCCCUGGGUGUAAAUAGCCGGGGGGAAAUAGUACCCUCGCACGGCGCUUCGCGCUGUCGACUCGGGGAAAAUUGCGUAACAUUAGCUAAAUACUUAACAAUUAUUCGCCGAAGGCGAAGUGAUUACCGGUGAAUAUUCACCGAGACGAAGUCGAGGUGAAUAUUCACCGUAAUGACUGAGCCUGAGGCGAAUAAUUGUUUUAGUAUAAAUUUUUAAUGAAUAAAACAAAAUAUCCAAGUUAUCCAACUAUAAGUUUAAUUAAAAUUCAGAAAUAAAACUGUUUUCGACCGGUUUACGGUUUAGUGUUGCAGUGUUUCUUGUACACGCACGCUUUCAAAAUGGCUUCCUGUGCGACUUUAUUGCUUUAUUACAAAGUUAUUUUUCUCGAUUUCUGCUUAGAAUAUAAACACAAUGAUGGAAUGACUUUUUUACCAGACUUCGAAUUAAAAAAUAGUUUCUGUUUAGCAUUAAUUUGUUCAGGAAAUGGCUGAGAAACUUGGUAAAAUGAAAACUAUAUCGUUCGAAUUAAUAUAAAAGUUUUAAUACACUUUUCACUUUACAAGUUUUAAAAACACAAAUAGUACAAUACAGCGAAAGGACACCAUACAGCACAAUGAAAACACGACAUAGUCAAAAGAAAUAGUAUCGUACAAAUUGAGAUAUUCAUAGGAUACAAAACAAAAUUGUUUUAAAAAGAAUAUCACGGCUUUUCCCAAAAGUCGGGAUAUUUUUUGCUAUUUCAGAUUUACGUUUGAAGCGAAUGUUUCGGAGUUUUAAAUAAGUUUUAAAUUGUCCGUGAAUAUGUUUGACAAAGUAAUAUAAUACUAAAUCCUACCUUUCAAGUUAAAUACAACAUUUUGUGCUUUUUUUCUUUUUCUGGGACGAUUUUUUCAAUAUUUUGUCGAUUUUGAAACCAAAUUUGCCGAAUCAUUCUUUUUGAAAAGCAUUAUUUACUACCCAGGUGGUAAAUAAUGCCUCAGAUUUACUAGUCAACUAGCCAAUCAGAACGCGCGAAAGCUCAUUUGAUAUGCAAAAUUUAUACUAAUAUCAGUUAUUUGCCACAUGAGCUUGGCACUAAAAUUAUUCAUAAUUAAAUUAUGAAACAAUUUUUGGCGCUUUUUACAGGCGAUAUGAUGGAAAAUUUUACAACACAUGUGGAAAGACACCAAACUUCACACGCUGGUAUCCGAACCAGCCUGAUAAUUAUGGAAACCGUGAAAAGUGUGGUCACAUGCUUGUGAAUGGGAAGUAUAAAGCAAAGUGGAAUGACAUGGCUUGUAACGCCAAGUAUUCAUACAUAUGUGAAUUUAAGCAACCCAGAUGUGAGUAUCUAGCGAAGAUUCUUCGUUGCGGAGCCAGUAGUAUGGUUCGGAGACAUCCCUCGCUCGAAACGUCGAAGCUUUUGUUAUCGGUAUAGUUUGAUCUUG